GUUUCACUCAUUUACAUACUUUUAUUGGAAACUUAACAGUGUUUGACAAAAUUGUAUUGGUUUUCUUGAAGAAUUGCCUGUACACAUUUGGGAAGUAACGUAGGUCAAAUACUUUGUAAGUGCACUUAAGCACAGUUUUCAUGUGUCUGUUCUUUACUUUAGUAUUUAUUUCAUUGACAGGUUUUUACUUCAACAUUUUAACACAUCUGUACUUUUUACUCCUUAUAAUCAAGGAGAAUUAUCGAUAAUUGUUUAAUUUUGGAUCAUUGUGCGCCUUCCCAACUUCAAGACCGAUUACACCUAAAAGGAUUGGACGAUACAACACAGACAAUCCCUCCGUGUCUACAUCAGUGUAGGCCUAUAUCACACACAGACACAGGGCUGACACCUCCUGGUCGCUUGGUAGAUGCUCUUGUCCAACCAGUAGUCGCCCGUGUCGACCACCAGAUGUCACCAGAUCUCACUUCUCAACGCCAAAUCUCACCAAUUGUAUGCUUCACAGAUAAGCGAAUCUGGGAGGAGAUAAUGACUUAAAACCUGUUUCUGCUUAUUUACACCAAGCAGCGUCGCUGGACGGUCAGAGGCUCAGGCUAACUCACCAGUCCAUGUUUAAAACGCACUUUAGUCUUGAAGAGAAACAGACGCGAUGUUCUCAAACUGCACACCGCAGAACACCAGCAACGCCGAAAACCUAACCGACGUGUACGAGGCGGCGCGGUGGAUACAGCUCUCCAUGGCCGUCCUGAGCAUUGUCGGCUCAGGAUCCAUCUUGGUGUUUUCAGCUUCACAGAAACUCUUUCAAUCGCAGGAGGUGCGCCCCCUGCUGCUCCUCAGUGGGGCGGACCUCCUGCUGGCUGUCAGCUGGCUGGUGGGGGCCGCUCUCUACACCACGGACCCCGAGACACAGCCCGCCUGCUGCCACCUACACACUGUGGAGCAGAUCCUCUACACAACGUCCUUCUUCUACACGCUCCUCUACGUGUGGAGGCUGCUCUCCGACCUCAGGAGCAGACUCAACUGCAGCGUCAGUGGAUUCAUGGGUCAGGAGGCCAGCAACGUGCUGUUACCUAAAAUCCUCGCUUUGGUUGCAGGGCUCCUCCCCUGGCUGCUCAUGUCUCCAGUGUUGAUCAAGGCUAACCUCCUCCGCUGCUACGCUAACUGUAGCCAACCCUACAGGUGUCUCCUGAUGCAGACGGGGCCCCUGUGCCUCGGCCCGGGGCCGGGCGGCGAGCAGGAAGACUGCUGGCUGCUCCACGCCUACCGCGACCUCAUCUUCCUCCUCACCUUCCUCAUCACCCUCGUCGGUAUCACGGUGCUGAUGGAGAAAGCCCGGCGCAUUCACAGACGGGUCGUGACCUCCGGGGGUUUCCUAGGCGACAGGCAGUGGGCCAAUCUGAGGAUGGUGGACCGACGCAUGCUGCUCUACCCCGCUGUGUUCAUCUUCUGCUGGGGUCCAGCUGUGUGUGUGACCGCCCUGAGCUGGAUCCGGCCCGCGGCCCUGCAGGGUGCCCUGGCCGCCGCGCUCUACCUCCUCCAGGCGCUGGCGUCCGGGUCCCAGGGUGCCCUCAACAGCCUGGCGUACGGCUGGACGCGCUCCCGGUUCCGCGAGGCCGGGCCGAGGCGGUCGGAGCUGCAGGACGCCACCACCCAGACGCCCCUCCUCCGCGCCCAGAGGCCCGGGUACCGCACGCUGGGGCCGGAGAGAGGGGCCCCCCCCGGCCCGCCCCGGGGCCGGAGCCCCAGCCCACACACCUGA